AUGUCCUUUGCCGCCAAACUCACGCCUGCCAUCCGCUCAGUCAAGGGCACCUGGCACCUGCGCUGUCACGUCAAGCCCGGAGUCAGCUCGAGCAGGCUUGGUAUCAUAGCCGUGACUGAGGAUGCCGUCGAAGUUGGUGUAGCUGAGCAGGCCAAAAAUGGAGAGGCCAACGACGCCGUUGUGCAUGUCAUUUGCCGCGCGCUCCACGCUCCACGCGACGAGGUGAGGAUUGUGCGAGGCUGGAAGAGUCGUGUCAAGACGGUCGUUGUGAGCCCCUCUCGACUAAGGGAGAUGCCAACCGAGUCUGCGAUCGAUCGGAUCAAGCAAUGGCUUUGGAGUGCAUCAAUCGGCAAGUAA